CCGGGAAGGCUAGAGGCAGGGGGAGGAAGGAGGGAGAGGAGAAGAGGAGCAAAGGCAGGGCAAGGCAAGGCAAAAGACCAAAGGCAAGGCAAAGCACAACACAGCAGACCGGGGAGAAAAGCAAAGGCCAGAUGUCCAAGACCUGAGGACCUGAGGACCUGAGGGAGGGAGGUGGGGUGAGGGGGGAGGAAGGAAGGAAGGAAGGAAGGAAGGUCCGGAUUUGGAAGGAAUAAACCGAAGAGAGGACGGAGGGGAGGAGGAAGGCAUAAACAAAGACUGAUUGAUUCAAAACGACGAUGGGAAUUGAUGACAUGUGGUGGGCAGCACAGUGGAGCUGGGUGGUCUUUUCCGGGGGGGCUGGGAGGAAGAUUCAGACAGCUAGAAUCGAAGCUCGUGAUUGCACGUUGGAGGAAGAGGGAGGGAGAGCGGGCGUUGGUCCGAUUCAUUUCUUCUUUCUGCCUGCUCUCAGAGUGCGAGGGAGUUCUUGCAGCGUUGGUCCAGGUCGUCCGGCUGGCUCGCCUCACCUUGAUACUGCCGUAUGAAUGACGUCGAUGGCUACAGACAAAACGGCGGAAUUUGAUUGGGAGUGAUGGUCCUCUCAUGCUUCAUCAUCUGGGUGUAAUUGCCGAUGAAGGGAAGGAUUCUACGAGAAUACACGUCGUGCAGCAGCUGCACCAAUUGUGCUGACUUACGCCGUCUCCCUCUUGAGCUCGAAAUUCGCUGGAUGGUGUGGGUCUUUCUCCAGAGCGCCUUUGAUCGGGCAAUUUGGAACUGGUCUCUGUGCGGCAUGAGCGCACCAUGCGAUCUGCAAAGACGGCCAAUUUCCUCCAGGUGGAUCCUUGAGGACAGUCGUGAACCCACUCUGAGGUUCCGAACAGUGCUCCAGAGCUCUGGACGGUAUAUUUUCCCAGCUCUUCUGGUCUCCUCCAUCUUUAAUUGCAGGCUGACGUAAUCAGAACGUCGAACGUCUGUCCGCACUUUAGGAUCUCUCUUUGCUCCCUGCACGAGGCCUUUGCCUUCUGCCUCAAAUCGGGUUUUCUCUUUUAUCGAUCAGAAUUGAAUAGGCUCAUACCCCACCAUCAGGUGUUGAACUGUCACAGAUCUUCUCCGUGCAACAUACUGUCUCUCCCCGAGUCUGUCUCUGUGUUUUCUUGCCUGCCUUGCCUUGCCUUGCCUCUGCCCACUGCCUAGAGUUUGUAACUAUCUUCAAGUCCGUUUCAGGAGGUUUUUCUCCGAGGGCCAAACCACGAAAAAUUUAGAUGUUGGUAGAGCUCCUAAUUCGCCGAAGUUUCUAAAAUUGAAUACUGAAACCGGAUUCGGGGUAUGGUAAGGAUCUUACUCCAAUCUGCAGUGUGGAGUAUAAUAUACGACGAUGACCGAAGAUACCAACAUCAGAGGAUGUGAGCUACCAUCAGAGGAUGUCCAUCAGUAUUAUUAGUUUGUCGGUUGGAGCUCACAGUGCCAGAAACAAAUAAGAAAAGCUCUGCAGACUUGGUUCCCGAGUCCGUUCGCGCAUAAUAGAAUAUCUGAAGUACAUGGGAACGAAUUUUAUCCAGAUGUACGUUUGAUAACAAGAUCAGACCUCUGUGGUAAAUACAGCAUGUCUAUCUAGUUAAAAUGACGGAGUCAAGAUUACCUCCCGAAGAGAUUUAUGGAGCGGCACAAAUUCGUGCCCACCAGAUUAGGAGCGUUGGAGCCGGCUUGCUCUAUGGUGUGGUUGCCCUUGUUAUGGGUUUCGUCAAUAAGGGAAUUUUGCAGUUAUGGCCCUACUCAAAUACGCUUUUGACACUUCAGAUGGCUGCGACGGUAGCCAUAAUAUAUUUAGGGAAAUUCUUGACCUUGUUUUCCAUUCAGCCACUUAAUCUGGCUUCUGUCAAGACCUUACUGCCAGUCGUUUUCUUCUACAACGCAAACGUGGCAUUUGCUCUUGCCGGUUUGCAGGCCCUGAACAUCCCAGUGUUCAAUGCUCUAAAGCGGCUCACUCCUGUUCUCAUAGUUGCAGCCAAAUAUUUCAUCGGGGAUGCCAUACCAUCUCGGCACGUACUCUUCUCUAUAUUUCUGAUCGUAGCAGGCUGUAUCAUUGCGAGCCUUGGGGAUUUGAGCUUCGAUUUGAUCGGUUACUCGAUGGCGCUCAUUAGCUGUGUUCUACAAACGACGUACCUUAUAUUUGUCGAAAAGAGUGGUAGCGAGAAAGGCUAUUCUUCUCAUGAAUUACUACUUUAUAAUGCUGCGCUAUCGCUCCCGGUGCUGCUAGUGAUCAUUCUUGCCUCAGGGGAGGCUUCCGAUGCGUUAUCUGCCUACAAUGCGCACAUGGCAUCAGACACGACGUUCGUUCUCCUGCUCAUCUUCUCGCUGUUUAUGGGGUCUCUCUUGAACUACACACUGUUUCUAUGUACAUUAUGGAAUUCUGCACUUACUACGACGGUUGUGGGAGCUAUGAAAGCUCUGUUCUCUUCGAUUUUAGGUUUCUUUCUACUAGGAGGAGUGGAGGUUACGCCGUUGAAUGUCACGGGCAUUGCUAUGAAUACCUUGGGCGGCAUGUGGUACGCAUAUGCAAAAUAUCAGCAGAAACGAAAGGCCCUGCUACCCAGGAAAUCGUCAGAUAUAUUUACCACAGCCGAAGGAAAGCCGUUGCUGCCCACCACCGUGAACCAAGGAUCAAAGUGACGCCUAUCAGCAUUGAGAUUUUGGGCUUGUGGUUGGACUAGAAUUUAGGAGCUGAGCAUAUAUCUCACAAACUAUACGUACUUCAGGCACCUAGAGUCCUGGAGUCCAUUCUUUAUUUGUCAACUCAAAUUUUUUUGCAGGGAGCCGGUUCUGCUGCUUGCCUAAUCAAUUCAAUGCUAUCGACCGAUCAGCUGCUUUCCUUUUUCAGUAAAGGAAGAACUUUUUCAGAAUGGUCUUUUGUCUUUCCUUGUAUCAAUCACUCCUGUUUUGCCGACGACAUUCCAAAGAAGGGAAGGACUUGUCUUUCACAUGGUAAUAAUCAAAGAUGUCUCUACGAAUUCAUGUGGGGGCAUUAUAGAAGAAGGCAUUCUUCGGUCUCAUAAGGCUUUUCGUGGCGAUAGGAUACUGCGAUUCUCCAACAUUGAGAAGAGAACGGGUUGAAUAGCAUAUUCAUUUUGGCUUUCAUAGAAGCUUGAGGACUUUUUUUUCUCCUCUAUUGCCACAGCUUCCAGUCACCUCCUAAGAAGGUUCAUGUUGUUCC